UUCAAUCAGAAAAGACGGCAAUGAGGGAAUCACACGUUUCAUUCAAAAAGAUGGUUCGUGAAAUUAUUCUUCCUAAUGAGGAACGUGCAUAAAUUUGCGCGAGGGUGUCUUUUUCACAGUUUUUUUGUAACGGCUUUCUAGCGGCUUUUUUCGCACCAUUAUCUUUAAGUAUAUACCACCUUGGGAGCUAGGUAAUAACUGCCAGUGAAAUUAGAAACGCCGAAGAAUCGCGCGCGGAUAGUGGAUGGGAUGUAUGUACGUGACCGUAAGUUGAUAGAUUUUUUCCCUGUUCAUCGACAUCGACGACGGCACACGCGGAAGAAGCUGAGUAAAGCGGUAUUUAAGAUCCAAUCUUUGUAUUAAGAAAAAAUUUUAUACGCUAUUAAAUUAAUUUUCUUCAAAGUCUCCUAAUUUAAAAACCACACGGGCAAGACAGCGCGAAUAAAACUCGUACGAUCCGAGUAAAUUGCUAAUAGACCACGUUGGCAUAAAUCGCCCUUCUACUGUUACUUAUCAUCUGUCAAUCAUUCACGAUACUUUUAAACCUCCAAAAAAAUUUUCGGCAACAAAUUUUAUCUCAACCAUUUUACACAAUCUUUGAAACUUUGGCUACAAAAUUAUUUCAGCUACUUCGAUGCAGGAUAUAUCAACGAUUCGAUCAAAUCUAUUUUAAUCACAGUUACAACUUGAUUUCCCCGCUAGAAGCGCCUCGAGUCACGCCAUGUCCUGUUUCGGCGGCCACGACCAACAGAUCUACCUAAUCGAGAUACUGAUCGAUAAAUUGACGUUAACGGCCAGUAAAGUCAAAGACGUCGGCGGGCAUCCUAUCGUGAUCAAGAUCAAACUCUUAGAUUUCCCUGUGUUCGAGUUCACGCGAGACGACUCUGACACGUCCAAGUACGAUCAAGACUUGCAUUUUAUGACUGGUAAAUGCUGUCUAUUCGUCAAGCGACCGCGGGAUCUUGUCCAAGGACUACGCUCGUCGAGCCUGAAGAUCGGCGUGUUUCGCAUAGGCGAAACUUAUCCCAUGGCGGAAACUGAAUUAACCUUACCGGGAUGCUUGUGCGACCAGAUCGCCAUGAUCGGCAACGAUCCUGAAAAUCAGCCAAAACCAUUCACGGUGAAGGGUGGCAUUCACCUUUUGGAUCCGGGCGAAAAUCCAUCUGGCGCGCUGCACAUGGAAUUCACCGUCGCGUGUCUCGGACGCAUCUUCAGGACAAAUCAUGAACUGCGUCCCAAAUCGCUCGUUUCCGGCGAACAGGACAAGGAACGAGAGAUCUGGGUAAGGCGAUUUGUAUCGCCCGAUCUUCUCGAUGAGAAAAUCUCCAAGGAGAUAUUGCAGGAUUUUAUCGAUUCGUGUCGUUAUGGCAACCAUCUGACAACUGGAAAUGUCAAUUGA